CCGCGGUAGAGCUUAGCAAGUGAAAAUAAUGAAUUUUUGUUAAAAACCAUGUUGAAGCCUUGAUUAAUUGAAGAAAUACCUGCUACUUAUAUAUGGAUUAGAAGGAAUAUUUUACCGAUAGAAAACUACAUUUCACAAUAUGGGAACAUUGAACCAGGAAGAAACUAAUGCCCCAAAAACUGAAAGUUUCAUUAAUAUCAAUCAGAAAAUUAUACUACCUGCGAAUUACAAAAAAUUUAGUACCAUAAAAUUGAAGAUCAAACCAGCAAAAGUGAUCUUCGUGAGUAAAGACAGUAAUCCACACGAUAUUCAAAAUAUUCCUUCGAGAUCUUCGAGAGAAACCGAAGGAGAAGAAUAUAGUAAAAGCCUAUCUCUUAGAAAUUGCAACAGAAAUUUGAGGUUGAACCCAUCCCAUUUAUUCAGUUCAACAGAAUAUCUUUCAUUCAUUAACGAGGAAUUAAAACGAAAUCCGACAAAUUUUCGAAUAAAUCAGAAACUAAACAAACUUCAUGGUGGAUCGGACUAUAAGACGAUAAAAAAGGAAUCUGAUAUAAUAGACACAGAAUUCAACGAAGAUUCCGAAAUCAUUAAAGAAUUAGUUUUGAGUAAAUUCAAGGAUCUUCUCCAGAAAUUCAUAGAGAAAUCUAAUAGGAGAAGAAUGUUUUCGAUGGACCAAGAAGAGAACCUGGACAGAUGGCCAGAUUGUGUGCAUUUUACUGAUAUAUAUCCUGAUGUAGAAGAUAGUAUCCAAUGCAAUGCAAAUGUUACUUUACUGGAUGCGAAAAAUCUCAAUAGUGAGAUUUCAAAAGAACAGCCACAAAAGAACCAAGCGGAACACCAAUUCAUAAAAACCUAUGGACAGGAAAAUGAAGUACUUCAAGACCAAGAGGAAAUUUUGCAUCCUCACCUCACCGAUAUUCUUUCCCAGAAAACAUAUACUUCAAGUUGCGUCCAUAUAUCUGAACCAAUGGAGACCGUUCAGUCUUUGCAGUUUAUAGAAAGAAGGGCAGAAACCAUCGACAGCCAAUCUAUUCAUACAGAUCCUAUGGAAGAAGACUUCAUCACCGAAGAAAAAAAGGAUUUAACAAAAAAUUUGGAAGACGAAAUAAAUGAACAAACUUGUGCCAUUCUUCAAGUAUUGAAGGUUCUGUCUUUGUGUGAAAGAAACAAGAAGCUUUCAGAUAGUAUACUCAGAGUUGAGGCAGAACGUGUGUUAUUGAUAGCAAGCUUACGUCGAGAUAUAUUGACUGAGGAACUAUCUAAAUCUUUCAAUGAAAAUGAAGAAGAUUGGAAUGGAUUUGUGCUGUUAUCAAACCUAAGAAUUCCUUUGAAUCAAAUUAAUGAGAACAAAAUGAAACACACAAGGUUUUUCCUUUGUGUUUUCCGUUGUGGAUGUACAGUAUUUGCCAGUGAAUUGUUGAUGCUCAAUAGUAAUAUGGAGCUUGAAAUAGAAGAUCCAAUUUGUUUCGAUGAACUUCCUAUAGAUUUCGAAAUAAGUGUGGAAAUUUACACUAUGCAUUUAACAAUUAGAAAGGAGUCGAAAGGAAUGAAAAUUUUGAAGAAAUACAGAAAUUUCUUUUUCGGGCCGAGAACAAGACCCAUUUCUGCAUCUGAGGAACCAACUAAAAGAUCAGCCUUUACCUUGAUUGGAACUACAGUGAUAACCAAAUCUCAGUUACAAUUGCGAGAAUUCUCGAUAGAAAACAAAAGUACACAUAAUUUCUCUUUGGAGGAAAUGAAAUGUACCAUUGGCAGUGGAGUGAAAUUAGAUAUAUUCUUAUCUGGAUUUUUGAUGGUUUGUGAAAGUUGUGGUGGGAAAACAAGAUGGCGACGGCAAUGGUGCAUUUUAGAUGCUUCUGAAUUGAAAUUCUGGGAUUAUCCAGGAAAGGAAGACAGUAUAGCUCCCAAUAGAAUAAUUGAUCUUUCCAGAUGUUUGCUACCCUACAUCAUGCUUGCCGAUAAAAAAUUCUGUUCACGACCCAGAUCACUUCAUCUAAAGAUUGGACCUGAUUCUGCUCAUGAAGAAUUUUAUCACAAAGAUAUAUUCCUCGCUGCAGAUAAUCCAAGGGAUUUUUUGCUCUGGGAAAAGGAACUCAAUCGAGUUUUGAAGAAUUUGAUCCACUGGGGCUGCAUGAAGACAUACUUCGAGAAUAGUUUAUGAACACCUCAGUAUAUUCAUCACUUUCAUUAUUGUAAAAUGUGUGAAAUUCAAACUUAGUUAUUUU